AUGUGGCUCCUGAACACAUCUACUGCAGAGCUCAGGUUCUUUCACAGCCCAUCUGGCAUAUGUUAUGCUAUCCUCUCCCACGUCUGGGGUGAACACGAGCAGACAUUCCAGGAACUCCAGGCCCUCCGCUCCUCCUUCCACUCCCCUGACGGUACUCCUCGCUCCCGCGCAUCGUUCAAGAUCCGCGACUGCUGCAUGUAUGCGGAGAAAGCUGGCUACGCAUGGGUCUGGAUCGACACCUGCUGCAUCGACAAGACCAGCAGCGCGGAGCUCUCGGAGGCGAUCAACUCGAUGUACGUCUGGUACGCCCGUGCCGACGUCUGCUACGCCUUGUUGGACGACGUCCCUGGGAGCGAGAACCCGGUCGCGCACAAGUCGUGCUUCCGCCACGCACGCUGGUGGACCCGCGGCUGGACGCUGCAAGAGCUCAUCGCCCCCCGCACGCUCGUCUUCGUCUCCCACGACUGGCGCUUCCUGGGCACGAAGCACUCCCUCGCCUCGGUCGUGGAGGAGAUCAGCGGCGUCGACCGGGCGGUGCUCGUCCACUCGCGUGCGCUGGACGACAUCAGCGUCGCACGCCGCAUGUCCUGGGCUGCGUCCCGGGUCACUACUCGGGAGGAGGACCGCGCGUACUCGCUCAUGGGCAUCUUUGGCGUCACGAUGCCCACCAUCUACGGCGAAGGCCAGCUCGCGUUCACACGCCUUCAAGACGAGAUCCUCAAGCUGACCCCCGACCAGAGCAUCUUUGCUUGGGGUCCGGUCCUCGAAAGCUACCCCUACGCCUUCCACGGCUUCGCUGCCGACUUGGACGAGCCCCAUCAUCGAGCGAGCCACAAUCACACGUCGCAACCGGAGAUGCAGACCAUGCUUGCUCCGUCCCCCGCAGAGUUCGCGGCGGCGGGCAGGAUCCGACCCAUCACCACCCUCGAGCUGUCACUAAGGCUUGGAGUUGACCUGUCGAACCCGCACUACCAGCACACCAGCUACGGCAUCCGCACUCGGCUCCCGCUCCUGACCGACAGCCACGCUCCUGGCGAACUCCCCUCUCUCACCGCGCCCACCAAGGUCUCUCUGGCGGCGCUCGCGUGCGAGCACGAAGACGGCAGUCUAGUGCUGCUCUUCCUCCGCAAAAAGGACAGCGCACACGACGAGUACUACGUGGGCGACUUCGUCGACGUCGGCGACGGCGGCGCGCUCUUCACCCGCGCGUACUACCGAAUCGCCUUCCUCGCCCCUUCGACCCCAUCUGGCCUAUCCCACGUCGACGUCCAGGACGUCUACGUGCACACACACGCGCAUCCGGCGCUCCGCCUCCGCCUCCCGCAGCGCCUCCCCCAAGGCAAGCUCACGGACGGACUGGAGCGCGUCGUCUACGCCUUCGUCUUCCCCGAGUGGGUCCUCGCGCGCCUCCGCGCCGCCGGCUUCGUCCCCACCUCGCUCCCGCCCUCGCCCAACUCCCGCCCCGGCUCGCGCCCCAGGUCCCCGCCCCGCACCGACGCCGACGGCGGGCUGACGCUCGAGAUGCCGGUGCUGCCCGGGCUGGACGUGAGCGCGAUCUUCCGGCUCGCGCGCGUCGCGACGGUGGCGUUCCGCCACCGCGACGCGCGCCGCCCCGGCUUCACCGUCGUGCUCGGGCUCGGCUGCAUCUGCCAGCUCGCGCAGAACCGGCGCGGGUUCGACGCGUUCUGGCUCGACGUCGUGCGCGCGCCCGUCGUCGGCGCGGCGGGCGCGGGCGCGGGCGGGAGCGCGGGUCAGAGCGGGGGAGUGAAGGCGGCGCUGGGGCGCGCGGGGCUGCACCAGCGCUGGUCGGGGGCGCUGGGCGCGUCGGGGACGUGCACGCGCCAGCACCUCGGGCACACGUCGAUGGAGUUUGGUGGGGCGGACGGACGGGUGAGGCUCACGGUUACGCCGUGGGGGGACGCGCCCUCUGGGCCGGUGGCGAGGUACAACUAUGUGGUGGACUUGGAGCUGUUGGGCCCGGAGGAGGUGGCGAAAGUGGGCGAAGGAGAGCCCGCGCCUGUUGAGCAGCUCUCCUUGCUGCGGCGUGUGGUGGAGGUGUGGAUGACUCUCGGACGGUCGGAGUAG